AUGUCAACAUAUUUUGUUAUAAUAGGGCACAAUGACACUCCUUUGUAUGAAGUACAUCUAGGCUCACCUAUCGAUAUCGAAAAUAGUAACACCAAUACCAGUUCCAACGGUGCCAAUCUAAAUAAUCUCAGUAUAGCUAGCAGUGGGACUACUUCUGGGAACCUUUUAAAUGAUCCUUUAAAUAUGUCACCGUUCAUCGCACAUGCUGCUUUAGAUAUAGUAUCAGAUACUGAAUGGGGUGGCGGAGCAGCCGCUAACAGCAAUACAUCACAGGGUUUUGGUGCAUUACUCCUCCGUGGUAAUGCUAGCAAUAAUUCAAAUAGUAACAAUUCUGGAGGAGCUAAUGGACCGGAUAAUCUGUUUCUAGGCUGCGUGGAUCACUUUUAUGGAUCACAGGUCACUGCAUAUGUAACUUAUCAAGGCGCUAGAUUGAUAACUGUACAUCACACAACUCCUCCGGAUAACGCUCAAUUAAAAUCUUUUUAUAUUGGUGUUCAUGAAUUAUUUAUCAAAACAUUGAUGAAUCCUUUUUAUAAGAUGGAUCAAGCAAUAAAUAGUGAAGUUUUUGAUAAAAAAGUUAAAGACUUGGCGCAGAAAUACCUAUUAAAAUAA